AUGGUCAAAAAAACCCCUACAAACCAUGGUCAAAUUACUCACUCAUCCCCAAUUUCUCCAAGAAAAUCCAAGAAUCCAGGCGGUGCCUUGCCGCAUUUGGGUCCGCUGGUGACCUAUGCCGUCGGAGCCCUUCCGGGCUAUUUGCAAGGUGCCCAUCGCUGUGAAACUUUGAGGGAGAUCGAUGAAGCCAUACAGCAAUGGGCCGAGGUAGUAGGUCUUACGUUUCAACGGACCAGCGAGCUGCACGCGCGGCUGCAGGUGUCCUUCCAGCCGCUGGGGGCGCCGCCGUCGCCGGGUGGGCAACUGGCACAGGCUUCUGCGCAGGGCAUCGUGUUGGACUCUUCUGAACGUUGGCUCUUGCGCAGCCAGAAGAAGCCUCAGAGGUUCCGCAAGGCCUUCUACCUCUAUCCGGUGGUUCUACAUGAGAUGGGCCACUGUCUGGGAAUGAAACACAGCUCCAACCGUGAUGAUGUGAUGUGGCCCUAUUACAGGGAGGACCUCUGGACAUUAUCCGAUGCCGACAAAGCGGCGGCACGGGGAAUGCGCCACGGGGAUUGCACCUGCAACGCCAACAUCUGCGUCAUCUCUUGA